UUGUUUGACUCAAAUUGAAGAAGGCACAUUCUCCCACGAUUGUUCGUUAUCAUCGGUUUCGCUGCAAUGACCGGGUGUUGUACAGUAUAUAACUGAUAUGCCAAGGUAUCUAGCAGAGGUUGACGCGAGCAGCUGCAGAGACACGUAUUUGGCCGUUAAGGAAAGCAAUUACUCUAAUGCAGACCUUUCAUUGAGUAAUCCAAGAAAGUUUCCGUAACAACAGACGCAAUUGUUUUGCGACAAUGGAUAUGCGCAGAGGAACAGAGCUGACUUUGGUAUAGCAAGAGAAAGGAUGACCGUCUGUAAUGUGUUAUGAAACAACAUACUGUCGAGCUUUGAAGAUCACAGACAUAGCCUAGUCUCAAUUAAGGUCAACAUUUACGCACUGAAAAGGGAAAGUAAUCUACUACAACGAGAAGGAAGCCCCGCACACUAUAUUAGAAGCAUAAUGAAUCGUCUGACCAAAUUGAAACAACCUGAUGACGGACCUAAUUGGAAUGUUACAUACGUCCGACUCUAUAAGUUUACUAACCGGAAGUCGCAUGUAUGUUGAUCAGCAGCCAAUCCAACUAGCUGCAUAGAAUCUUGAUUGAACCAGAUAUAACUGCGAAUACUGAUGGACUUCAUAAGGACGGGGGCUACCGGCAAACUACUUCAAUUCAAUCAAUAAAGUUAAUGUUUUAAAUAAAAGCUUGGAUAAUCACACCUAUCACGUGAAUAACAUGCAAUAUAUUAUCAUUCGACAUUUAUGCAUUAUGUGUCUAUAUGAAGUAUUGAAUUAAAUCGUAAUGGACGCACCUCCAGUCAACUCGUCUCAUACGAAGACGUGGCCACCAUGGAAUUCUUCAGACUUAUUGACAAUAGCACCGAAUGUAUCAAACACAAGCUCAUUAUUUAUGGACAAUGUGUGUGAUCAAUCAUUUUGGGAAACUCGUCUUCAAGUUGAAUUUUACGUAAGAGGAGUUAUUAUUCCGAUCAUUUGUUUUGUUGGACUCAUCGGAAGUUUUCUAAAUUUAAUAAUCCUGACUCGGCCAAAUAUGGUGAAUCCAAUUAAUAUGUUUCUCCUUGGAUUGGACAUAGCGGAUAUAGGAGUUUUGUUUAUACUUGGUAUUUAUUACACGUACUUUUACAGCAGCCAAAAGUGGAUUUUGAUAGAAAGUAACUCAACAGAAUGGCUCACCACUGUCCCCUUGUGGCCAUGGCGAGUAUUUUGGGCAGUGGCCGUAAUUCCAGCUAAUUUCUUUGCAACCGUGUCCAAUACCCAUGCUUUGGGAGUAUCGGUGUUCCGGUAUAUAGCUGUAAGAUUUCCAGUGAAAGCUCAUAAUUGCUGCUCAAAUAAUUCGGCUAAGAAAAUCAUCAUAGCAAUAUACAUUUGGGGAUUACUUUUGAACUCACCCGACUUUUUCCAGAAAUCAAUGAUGGAAGGAAGCAUUGGAAAUUUCACAUUUAACUACAUGGGCUACAGCAAAUUAUUUCACAAUCGUGUAUUUAACAUGAUCUACUAUCCUGUCCGAGUCAUCUUUAACAUUUUGAUACCAUGGUUUGCUUGCUUAUUGCUCAGCAUACUACUUAUCACAACAUUGCGACGUAGAAUGGCUGCAACGGAUAGGAGACGGUCUGUUGCUGCUUUAGUGAAGAAUACUUUGCGCUCAAAACGGAAAGACAAAAUAACAGUAACUCUUCUUGCUGUCAACUUGAGCUUUUUAAUUUGUCAAUUCCCUGCAGCUGUUUGGGGAAUGUUGACGUGGUUGGUCGAGAACAGGGACAUGUUUUAUUGCCAUUCAUUCCAGAUUGCAAGAGCGUUCAUUGAUCUGUUGGGCGUCUUGAAUUUUGCUACAAAUUUUUUUCUGUAUGCAAUAACUCAUAAAGAUUUCAGACAGACGUUUUCACGUGUUUUCGGUCUUCAAAAACUGAAGACUGGGCUUUUCGCUAGUAGAAAAAAUAAUAAGGCAUUAUAUAGUGAGAUUAGAACUAACAAUACCACGAGACAGACCAACGUUUGACUUAGUAUAAAGUGGAUCGCUGCGUAUUUUACAUUUUUAUCAACUUUACUUCGCUUAAAAUCACAGUCGGUAUGCAGUUAUGAUUUGGGGCAAGCCAAAUCAUUAGUUUACCUUCUUUCCAAGUUUCGAAUUAUCAAAGACGCUGUACUGAGCCACUCUAUUUUCGAUGAGAUAUAAUAAUUACAAUCAAUUUGCGUUUAAUGCAGGCCCGUAGCCAGGAUUUGCCAAGGGGG